CACCCAUCUCAUGGCUGCUCCCAGCUCUGUGUGUAGGGUGAACUUUGCUUUGCAGACAGGCAGCCUGUUCUCCCCUCCCUGAUGUGAUGAUGAUGAUGAGGAUGAUGCAGAGGAGGGAAUCCAGCCUGCAUCACUCCCUGGGAGCACCUGGGCAACCAGGCGGAGUUUGAUUGUGUGCAGGAAAAACAUCGCUCCUUGUCUGGGGAAUAGCGAACGAUAUGUGCAGGAGAGGAGACAAUGACAGAGGAAGCAGAGCUGCCUGCCAGCAUGUGAACUGCCGGGGAUCGCAGCCGGGAGCUGUCCAUUCAGCACCAUCAUCCAGCGCUGCUUACAGAUCAUCAUCUACUGAACUUCAGGAGGACCUCAUUACAGCCCAGGAAUCUGCAACCUCCCCCUCUCCCCCCCACAUCCAUUCAUUCAACAAGCUGUGAUGGGGAUCCCCAAAGCCUGCCAUGGAAGGAGCAGAGGAUGCCCCUGGAAGUUGGAUCAUUGCACUUCCCUCUAUAAAAGGUCUGCCUUGUAGAGGCUUCUAAGCUCAAUAUGACAGGCACAAUAUUGAGGGAUUUGUCUGAAACCGAUUUUGAAGAUACAGAGAUUAGUAUAAAUGUCGGAGGGUUCAAGAAAAGGUUAAGAUACGACACGCUGCUGAAAUUCCCAGAGACUAGACUGUGCAGGUUGCUGGCCUGUCAGUCGAAGGAAUCCAUCCUGGAACUGUGUGACGAUUAUGAUGACACCAAGAAUGAGUUCUACUUCGACAGGAACCCAGAGCUGUUUCCUUAUGUGCUGCAUUUCUACGACACCGGUAAACUCCACGUCAUGGGGGAGCUGUGUGUUUUCUCCUUUUGCCAAGAGAUUGAAUACUGGGGCAUCAAUGAAUUUUUUAUAGACUCUUGUUGUAGUUACAGCUACCAUGGGAGGAAAGUGGAACCGGAUCAGGAUCAGUGGGAGGAGAAAAGUGAACAGGAAAGCACCACUUCUUCCUUUGAUGAGAUCCUGGCCUUUUAUCACGAUGCUUCCAAGUUUGAUAAACAGCUGCUUGGCAACCUCAGAAGAAGACUUUGGCUAGCCCUUGAUAACCCAGGCUAUUCCAUCCUGAGCAGGAUCUUCAGCAUCCUCUCCAUCAUAAUAGUGCUUGGAUCUAUUGUAACAAUGUGCCUAAAUAGCUUGCCGGACUUCCAGAUAGUAAAUGCGAAUGGAAUCGCAGACGAGGACCCUCGCUUUGAGAUAGUGGAACAUUUUGGAAUAGCUUGGUUCACCUUAGAGUUGGUGGUCCGUUUUGCUGUAUCUCCAGAUGCAAUGGUGUUCUUCAAGCACCCCCUGAACAUCAUAGACCUGAUCUCCAUAGCUCCUUUUUACAUUACAUUGGUUGUCAACUUGGUGGUGGAGAGCAGCCCAGCUCUGGCUAACUUGGGGAGGGUGGCUCAGGUGCUCAGACUUAUGAGGAUUUUCCGGAUUCUGAAACUUGCCAGACAUUCCACGGGUUUAAGGUCUUUGGGGGCAACGUUAAAAUACAGCUAUAAAGAAGUGGGGUUGCUGCUUCUUUAUCUUUCUGUAGGAAUUUCUAUAUUCUCUGUUGUUGCUUAUACCAUCGAAAAGGAGGAAAACGAUGGAUUGGCCACAAUCCCGGCUUGCUGGUGGUGGGCCACUGUUAGCAUGACGACGGUAGGAUAUGGGGAUGUGGUCCCAGGUACCAUAGCUGGCAAACUGACUGCUUCUGCUUGUAUUCUGGCUGGCAUAUUGGUGGUUGUGCUUCCCAUCACUCUGAUAUUCAAUAAGUUCUCUCAUUUCUACCGGCGACAGAAACAAUUAGAAAAUGCCAUGAGAAGCUGUGAUUUUGGGGAUGGGAUGAAGGACGUGGCUUCUGUCAAUCUGAGGGACUACUACGCCCAGAAGGUCAAAUCUCUAAUGGUUAGCAUGACAAACAUCAGUAAGAGCACGCCAAGUGAGCAGAGUCUCGAUUCAAUUAAUUAGAUUGCAGUAAAGGACCACUAAACACACACUAAAACUUGUUUUAUGUAAAUCAUUUUUAAUGAUAUUCCUGAAAAAUUUCAAAAUGUUAUAAGAGCAUCAAUUUUCAAAGCUAAACCCCCAGCACUUUCAUAAAAUUAUCAAAAUGCCAGCCCCCAGCUGAGAUAAUAGUUAAUAAAUUUCUUACCUUAAAGCAGUAUUAAACCCAAAACCAGAAAUAUAAUACAAGUAUAUUCCAGCUUAUUAAAGGUGUUCUAAGCUUUUUUAUUUUUAAAACAAACAUGUUAUACUUACCUCCACUGUGCAGUUAGUUUUGCACUGA